CUCCAUCCUCACGACCCAACCAAUUCAUUGUCUUCACACUCAUUGACUGUUUGCCCGUUGUUGAAAUUCAAUUUGCUAUGUACAGAUAAUUUAUGAUGCAAACAAACUUCCCUCCAAGCAAAAGGCUCGUUUUAUUCCGCAACCGCGGGCUUCCGCCACAACUCCGUCGCCCCAUGCCCACAGCCACCAAGACACAAGGACCAUCGUACAACGCGCAAUUUGAUCAAACUGGGGAUAUAAAUCUGGUUUACAGUUGAUACUCUUGCGCGAUACGACACGCUUGUCUUCCUGGAUUAUACUGAAGAUGGUGAGCUUGA